AUGCCUCAGCUGGUGGAAUGUGUCCCCAACUUCUCAGAGGGGAACAGCCAGGAGGUGAUCGAGGCCAUCUCGAGGGCCAUCUCACAGACCCCGGGCUGUGUGCUGCUGGACGUGGAUGCGGGUCCCUCCACCAAUCGCACCGUUUACACCUUUGUGGGGCAGCCUGAGGAUGUGGUUGAAGGAGCCCUCAAUGCGGCCCGGGUGGCUGCCCGGCUCAUCGACAUGAGCAGACACAAAGGGGAGCACCCACGGAUGGGCGCCCUGGACGUCUGCCCCUUCAUUCCGGUCAGGGAUGUUAGCAUGGAGGAGUGUGUGCUGUGUGCGGAGGCCUUUGGCCAGCGGCUGGCAGAGGAACUGAGUGUGCCGGUGUACCUAUAUGGGGAGGCAGCCAGGACGGCCAGUCGCCGAGCCCUGCCAGCCAUCCGGGUCGGGGAGUAUGAGGCACUUCCUGAGAAGCUCAAGCAGGCGGAAUGGGCACCUGACUUUGGCCCCAACACCUUUGUUCCUAGCUGGGGGGCUACUGUCACCGGGGCGCGUAAGUUCCUCAUUGCCUUCAACAUCAACCUGCUCAGCACCAAGGAGCAGGCACAUCGCAUUGCCCUCAACCUGCGGGAGCAAGGCCGAGGGAAAGACCAGCCAGGACGUCUGAAAAAGGUUCAGGGCAUUGGCUGGUACCUGGAUGAGAAGAACCUGGCUCAGGUGUCCACGAAUCUCUUGGACUUUGAGGUUACAGCACUGCACACGGUCUAUGAGGAGAUCUGCAGAGAAGCGCAGGAUCUGAACCUUCCAGUUGUCGGCUCUCAGCUAGUGGGCCUGGUGCCUCUGAAGGCCAUUCUGGAUGCUGCAGCUUUCUACUGUGAGAAGGAGAACCUCUUUAUCCUGGAGGAGGAACACAGAAUCAGGCUGGUAGUGAACCGGUUGGGCCUGGACUCCCUGUCUCCCUUUAAUCCUAAGGAGCGAAUCAUCGAGUACCUGGUUCCAGAAGGCCAGCCGGAGCAGUGCCUAGCAAACAAGUCCCUGGGUGCCUUCAUCCGGGAGGUGGGAGCCCGCUCGGCAGCCCCAGGAGGCGGCUCUGUGGCAGCGGCCACUGCGGCCAUGGGUGCAGCCCUGGCCUCCAUGGUGGGCCUGAUGACUUACGGACGGCGCCAGUUUGAGCACUUGGAUGCCGAGAUGCGGCGCCUGAUCCCGCCGUUCCAUGAGGCCUUUGCCACGCUGACCAUGCUGGUGGACACUGAUGCCCAGGCUUUCGCGGCUUACCUGGAAGCACUGAAGAUGCCGAAGAACACACCAGAGGAAAGGGAGAGGCGCACGGCUGCCAUGCAGGAUGGGCUGAAGCAGGCAGUGGCUGUGCCCUUGUCCCUGGCAGAGACAGUGGCCUCGCUCUGGCCACCGUUGAGGGAGCUGGCCCUCUGUGGGAACCUGGCUUGCCGGUCAGACCUGCAGGUAGCAGCUAAAGCAUUAGAAACCGGUGUGUUUGGUGCCUACUUCAACGUGCUCACCAACCUGAAGGACAUCACUGAUGACAGCUUCAAGGACCAGAUUCGGCAGCGGGUCUCCAGCCUCCUGCAGGAUGCUCAGGCCCAGGCUUCGCUGGUGUUGGACCGUCUGGAGGCCCGGCGGGAGUGA